UCUCCCUAUCCCCCGUGUUUUAAGCAAACCGCUGUCAUUUACAGUCUUGAGCCCUGACAUCAUGAAGACUCUUUUGAUUUUGUUUGUUUUCAUGAAUCUCAGGCCGGGACACUGCACAGAAACGCGUGAUCAAAUUCUGUCAAUCACCCCAAAAACACAAGAGCAAGUGGACAUCUUGAAGAAUGUGUCCACUCAGUAUGAGACCUCCUUGUGGCAGCCUGCUUCACCUCAGUACAUCAAGGAAGAGACUCAGGUCCACCUGUACGUUCCUGCAAACAGCUCAGAGACCGUCGUGGAUCUGCUAGAGAAACACAACAUAACUCAUGAGGUGUUACAGGCCAAUGCCAACGAGCUGAUUGAAAUGCAGACAAGGAACGACUCCACAGACCCACGGAGCGGGGCAACGUUUUACGAGAGAUAUCACGAUCUGAAUGAUAUCUACUAUUGGAUGGAAAGGAUCAUACAGGACAACCCCAGCAAGGUCAAGCUCAUUCUCAUCGGCUCCUCGUCUGAGAAGCGACCUCUCUAUGUUCUGAAGUUGUCUCUAAAUGACAACCCAGACAAAAAAGCAAUGUGGAUCGACUGCGGGAUCCAUGCCAGGGAGUGGAUCUCUCCUGCUUUCUGCUUAUGGUUUGUGCAGCAUUCUUUAUCAUUUUACGGGCAGAACCAAGACAUCACUUACAUCCUGAACAACAUGGAUGUCUACAUCCUGCCCGUUCUGAACCCUGAUGGAUAUGAUUACACAUGGACAACAAACAGGAUGUGGAGGAAGAACCGCUCUGUCAGCAAGAGCAGCGGCUGCAUCGGAGUCGACCUCAACAGAAACUUUGAUGCCAACUGGUGCACUGAGGGGGCUUCUAAUGACCCCUGCACUGAGAUCUACUGCGGUGAGUUCCCAGAGUCUGAACCAGAGUCUCAGGCCGUCGCCGACUUCCUGCGCAACCACAAGGAUGAGGUUCAGCUCUACUUCAGCAUCCAUUCCUACUCUCAGAUGCUGCUCUUCCCGUACUCCUGCUCAAUGGAUGAAGCAGAGAACCACAAAGACCUGCUUGAGAUGACCCGAGAAGCUGCACAGAAAAUCAGAAGAUAUUAUAGGAACACGUACAAAUAUGGUGCUGGAUCAAAGACAAUAUACUUGGCUCCUGGUGGUUCUGACGACUGGGCGUACAACCUUGGCAUCAAAUACUCCUUCACUUUUGAGCUCCAGGAUGUCGGGCAGUAUGGCUUCCUUUUGCCACCAUCUCACAUUUCCAAGGCCUGCAACGAAGCUCUGAUCGCUGUGAAGACCAUCGCCCUCAGAGUUAUAGAGAAAACACGAGAUCUGGCACGUCAGUCUCCUACUUUCUAAGCAGUUUCACCUGACAUUAGGGUUGAGAGUUCAAUAUUUUGUUGUAAAUGAUGUUUAAAAGAUCUAUAAUCACUGUACACGACAUCUGUUUUUGAUUUAAGGAGAUGUUUUGUGGCAUUCCUCUAACAUAUUAUGGAUCUAUUUUCUUUUGUGUGUAUACAUAUGCAUAGGCAUACACAUGGUGUGGGAAAGAUGUCAGUCCUGUUAUUGACGGUGUUACAUUUGGUUCUCCCCAACAAUGUGAGAUAUAAUACAGCAGCUCUAUCAUUAAAAAA